GCCGGUCAGUUGAGGCACUGGGUUUUCCUCAUUCAACAUUAGAAAUUUCAACCGGCAACAUCAGACCCUAAAUCUUAUCGUAAAAUCCUUAGCAAAAAUUCCAAAUUUAACAAGCAUUUGCUGACUUUAGGUUUUGUAUAACAAAUCUAUAGUGUUUUUUAAAUAGAGUCAUGCAGCGCUCGACUUAUCCACUGAUAGUUCGUAACCUUGUGCAGUCCCGCUUAGAUGGGUCGAUUGGCGGCGUCUGGAACGGGUUCCGCAGGACCAUGGCAUCGGAUUCGUGGGGCCAGGAUGGCAGUGGGAGUGGCAGCAGUGGGUCCAAGACCUCGAGGGUGGCAACACCGCGGGCCAGUGCCACAUCGACGGUGAUCAGCGAUGCGGGCUCCUAUUCGCGUGGCACGAAUACGGGCGCCUUCGAGCGUCGCAUCAACCGGGAGGAUAAUAUGUGGCGGGAUCGCAGCUACAUCGACACGAAGUGGCUGAAUCCGCGCGAUCCGACCGCCUAUCGGCCGAAUUUCCGCCAAACUGAGCCGACAUCGCUGCGAAAGCAGUUCAUGCGCAGUCCGGAUGAGGUAUCGCGCGAGGUGAUGGGUCGCGAUUGGGAGGAGACCGUGAAGACCUACAAACGCACCUCCACGGCCAUGAGCGGCCAGAAGGGCGGGACGCGCAACGAGGCGUGGCAGGCGGCGGACAGCACACGCAACCGCCAGCAGCAUUUGCAACUGAUGCACAUGCAACAGCAACAGGAACAGCAGCAAAAGCAACAGCAGCAACAGCAACCCAAGAAACAGCAGCAACAGAACUACUGGGGCAGAGGCCCAGAAGCAGCCCAAGAUCAAUAAUCCCCGUCCAUGAGUCAACGCCUAACAUGCCAGACGAAACAGAAUAUACCCGCACACACAUCAUUCAUCGCAGUCAAGCAGAGUCGUGCCAAAGAUCCAGUAUAUUAUGAUCUUGUAUUCCGAUUCCGUCACAAUUGACAUAUGUUUCAUUCACAAGAAUGUGAUAACCGCAGGGCAUACUUAUUUCUGGCAAGCCAAUCGAGUAAAUUGAAUAAAAUUAUUUGGAAUGUA